GACUCCCCCGUCUACUUUUGCCCUUCCUCACUUCUAGGCUCUAAACGGCUAAACCCCAAAUCCAAACCCUAAGCGCUCGAUUCUCCCUCUAUUCUAUUCUAGGGUGUUCAAAAUUCUUGGAUUCGGUCGCAGCGGAGGGAGGAUGGAAUUCGACGAGUACGAUUACCUGGAGAAAUCGGUGGAGCCCGCGGAUCUCAAGAAGGAGCGCCGGAGCUCCCGGCACGGCGGCGACCACGAGAAGGACGGCGGCGGCACGGAUAGACCGUCGAGGCGGUCGAGGGCGGAGGAGAAGCAGAACGGCGAGAAGGUGGACCGCGAGGAUCGGGAUCGAUCGCUUCGGCACGAGAAGGAUCGCCACCGGAGCAGUAGGGAGGCGGAGAGGGAGCGUGACAAGGAUAGAGACAACCGGAGCCGAGAGAGAGAUCACCGGGAAAGAGAGAAGGAGAAGGACAAGAAGGAAAGGGAGAAGGAGAGGGAUAGAGAGAAAGAGAGGGGAAGGGAGGAGAGGGAGAAAGAGGAAGAUAGGGAGAGGAGGAAGGAGGGAGAACGGGAGAGGGAGAGAGAAAGGGAGCGGGACAGCGAGAGGAGAAGCAGCAGCAGGUCGAGAAGGCAUGAUAGCGAGGUUGAAAGAGAGAUGGAGAGGGCAAGGAGCAGAGAGAGGGCAUUGAGAGAAAGAGAAAUCGAGAGAGAGGUGAGGGAAAGAGAGAGCAGGAGGUACAAGGAGAAAAAAGAAGUGGUGGAACCUGAAGUUGAUCCAGAAAGGGACCAGAGGACUGUUUUUGCAUAUCAGAUGCCUUUGAAGGCGACUGAGAGAGAUGUUUAUGAGUUCUUCUCAAAAGCAGGAAAGGUGAGGGAUGUACGCUUGAUUAUGGAUCGUAAUUCAAGGCGUUCGAAGGGAGUAGGUUACAUCGAGUUUUAUGAUGCAAUGUCAGUACCGAUGGCAAUAGUUCUUUCUGGUCACCUUCUUCUUGGUCAACCAGUGAUGGUUAAACCUUCAGAAGCAGAAAAGAAUCUUGUUCAGUCAAAUGCUACUGGAGCUGCUGCAAGAAAAAUUUAUGUUGGAAAUCUUCACUUCAACAUUACAGAAGAUCAGCUUCGUCAGGUCUUUGAACCUUUUGGUCCAGUGGAGCUUGUGCAAUUACCUGUGGAUCUAGAAACGGGGCACUGUAAAGGUUAUGGAUUCAUUCAAUUUGCUCAAGUUGAACAUGCAAAGGCAGCUCAGAGUUUAAAUGGAAAGCUGGAAAUUGCUGGGAGGGUCAUCAAGGUAUCAUCUGUUACAGAUCAUAUUGGUGGGCAGGAUGGUGGACCAAAUGCUGCUGACUUUGAUGAUGAUGCUGGUGGUGGUUUGUCUUUGAAUGCUCAAUCUAGAGCUUUACUCAUGCAGAAAUUGGAUAGAACUGGAACUGCUUCAAGUAUUGCAGGAUCACUUGGAGUGCCUGUGCUUAAUGGAGCUGUUCCAAAUCAGCAGGCCUUAAGCUUGCCUAUGAAUGGGCAGGUUACGGUGCCUUCAGCCCUUCCAGCGCUAGCUUCCCCUCUCGCCGAGCCUAUCGGGGAGCCUAGUGAGUGUGUUUUAUUGAAGAAUAUGUUUGAUCCAAGCACUGAGACGGAUCCAGAUUUUGAUUUGGAUAUCAAAGAGGAAGUCGAAGAAGAAUGUUCCAAGUUUGGCUCGGUGAAACAUAUCUAUGUGGACAAGAACAGCCAUGGAUAUGUGUAUUUGUGGUUUGGUUCUAUGGCAGCGGCUGCUAGUUGUCAGCAUGCGAUGCAUAUGAGAUGGUAUGCACGGAGGACCAUAUCUGCAACGUUUAUGCGGCCACAAGAGUAUGAAGCCAAGUUCCGGGGUGUUUCUUAAGCUACUCCUGAAGAUUAGGCAACAGCUGCUGCUGUUGGGUUGCUUGAAUACAGUGACUGGAGAUUUUGUGGUUGGCCAUGCACAAGCACAGUACCUGAUGAAUUUAGAAAUUGAAGCUUCUAACGGUUUCACUUUGUUAAUGAAUGAGGUUGUAUUUGUAACCGAGUCCAUUGUAUAUGCCUUAGAUUAUUAGAUUCCCUCCUGUUAGAAAUUUCUCAUUUGAGAGAAAUAUUGUGAGCAAGAAGGAUGCUAGUCAAAGGCUUUGACAGAUAUCUCUGUAUAAAAAGCCGUUGUGCCAAUAGCAAGAUGAGUUCAUUGGCCCGUAAUUUUGUUACAAACUGCUUGUUAAGUAACAGAGUGACAGCUAGGGCCAUUCUCUACGGUUUCUAUU